AUGGACAGACCAAUCAUCAUCGUCACAGGUGCCAACAGCGGCGUGGGUUUCGGAAUCUGUCACCGUCUCCUCGUCCAACUCUCGUCCAACCGUUGCGAGGAUGCAUACCCAAAAUAUCCCUUCCAUAACUUCUUGGCUUCUGCUGACCCCCAGCUUCCCUGCGAGGGUCUCACUCUCAUCCUCGCAUGCAGAAGCAGACAGCGCGCAGAGGCAGCAAAAUCUCAGCUGUACAGUUUACUUGACAAGCAUAUCUCGCAACUUCGCAAGUCGCCGCGUUAUGAUGGCCGCGCCGACAAGUUUCGUCAAAACCUCGUUAUCGCUAUACAUCUCAUAGACUUGGCAUGCGUUCGGAGUGUUUUUGACUUUGCGGAUGAGGUGAUACAAACAUACCCGUAUAUCUCGCAUCUCAUAUGCAACGCCGGUGUGGUCUGCUUUGCGAAAAUCGACUGGUCCUCUUUGCUUGCGCCAAAAUAUUUCCUUCAGAGCACGGGUCGUAUCAGUGAGGAUGGCCUGGGUUGGUUGUGGCAAUGCAACAUCUUUGGACACUACGUCCUAUUUCGAGCCCUCGAACCUCACCUCGCCAAAUACACGGGGUCCAUGGGUGCUCGCGUGCUUUGGUUAUCAUCUCAGGAGGCUACUUCUGAGUUCUAUGAUCCAAAAGAUUGGCAGCUAAUUAACGACGACCACUCGUAUCAGUCCUCCAAAUACCAACUCAACUUGUUGGCUCUACGCCUAGACCAAGAGGCGACGGAACACCGUCAGCCUGGAAUGCCUGUCGUGAGACACUUCUCCGUAUUACCUGGCAUAGCCGGAACAAACAUCGCCAGUGCGUUGCUUGGACGCUUCACGGCCGUGUGCAUGAUUGUAACAUUCUACAUAGCUCGGUGGUUGGGAUCACCGUAUCAUCCCAUAAGUGCCUUCAAGGCAGCCAUCUCUGCUGUACAUCUGGCACUCGUUCCGCUCGUCUACUUGCCAGCGGUGGAACGAGUUGAAAAGCCGGAUGCCUCAACAAAGGCGUCGGAACCUGCUGAAGUCGGUACUCUGUACGUGUCCCAGACCGAUCGCUGGGGAACCGAGUACGUCGGGACGAUGAAAUUCGUGGAGUCGAGGGCAGAGGAUGCCCACGUGAAGGAGUUAUUAGCGAAUUGUGAUAGCCUCCUGGAAACUUUUUGUGCUGCGCAAGGGCGAAAAUCAGCUUCGGGCUGA